GUUUCGGGAGCGGGCCUUUUGGAGGAAGCCGGAAGUGGAGACUCCGAACGAGGUGAAUGAAGAAUGGAGCGGAAUGUGAGCAGAAUCCAUAUGGUUUCUGAACCCAGCAUAAUUUAUUUUCUACAAGUAUCUUGGGAAAGAGAUCUAGGCUCUGGUUUUGACAUAACCCUUACAGAUGGCCAGUCAGCAUGGAGUGGAACAGUGACUGCAUCUGAAAUUUCCAGAGAAGCUGAUGACAUGGCAAUGCAAAGAGAAAAGUAUGUUGAUGAACUGAGAAAAGCAUUGGUACUGGGAACAGAACCAGCCAAUGUGUACAAAUUUGAUUUUUCUAAAGAGAACUGCCAUUUCUCCUAUGAAAAAAGCCUGAAAGAUGUUUCUUUUAUACUUGGAUCACUGAACCUGCAGAAGGUCUCAAGCCCAGCUGAAGUCAUUCGAGAACUGAUGAGCUAUUGCCUAAACUGUGUGUCCGACCAGCUCGCCAAGAACAAGCACCUGCAGAGAGAGAAUGAGAUGCUUCAGAGGGACUGGAAUGAUAUCCAAAAGCGUCUUGAAAAGUGUGUGACUGCUAAAGAAAAUCUGGAGGCAGACCUUUAUAAGCGUUUUAUUCUGGUGCUGAAUGAGAAGAAAGCAAAGAUUAGAAGCUUACAUAAAUUGUUAAAACAAGCCCAAGAACCAGAAGAGGAUGCACAAGAUGAAAGGGAAUCUGUAGACAAUACCCAAAGCCACAAGAAAAGAGAGGCGGCCUAUGAUGAAAGUACUGAUGAGGAAAGCGAAAAUUUACCUGUUCCUUCUGAAGUUGUUCCAGCCAAUGUUAGCCAAAACGAUUCCAUUAUUUCAAGUCCAGAUGUCACAGAUAUUGCACCAAGUAGAAAGAAGAGGCAGCGGUUGCAGAAAAAAGUUGAUACAGAACCUCAGUUGGUUCCUCAGAAACCACCUCCUCAAGAAAAGGAAAAACCUGAGCCUUCACAACUUCAGUCAUCAAGCAAGGAACCCAUCUCAUCUGAAAAUAUGUCCUUAGAAACCUUAAAAAACAGUAGUCCAGAAGACCUUUUUGAAGAUAUGUGAUUGUCUCCAAAAAACACUUUGAUGAUAUUUGACUAUAAUUUUUUCCUUUUUUGUGUCUUAAACGUAAGGAGCACAACUUGACAGUGGCUAUUACGCCUUAUAAUGAAAUUACAUAGGCAGCAUUGAAACAAUUGUGCAGAAUGGAUUACACAUGUAUCAGAUAUGAUUUCCUGACAGUAGCUCAUUAUUCAAAGCUGUUCCCGCCCACACUCCUCUAAUUACAUCAAAUCUCAAAGUGUCUCCAAAGCCUGCAUCUGUUUUAACCAUCAUGCAUAUGCUCUCUAUGCAGUCUGUCUAGCACACUGUGUAAGAUGACUUUAGAAAUAAGAUCAAGAAACUAGCCUUGGCAAUUUAAUUUCUGAUUUUUCCUCUAUUCCCAAAGAUAAAUAUAGAUGUUUGUAGUGGUUGUUUUUUUUUUUAAAUUGAGGGAAUAAAACAUGGCACAUACCUAUUUUUAGUAUAUGGUUACACAUCCAAAGCACCCAAUAAUAAAAUUUCUGAUGCCUUCAAAAA